UUUUAGAGAAACAACAACCUACAAUUCCUAUUCGCUGUUUUGCAAUCCACCGCUAGCUCGCUCGCACGCACGCACUCCUCUGUCGUGAAACUUGUAUCAUGGGUUCGAAAAAGAAGAGCAAGAGCAAAAACGAGAUGAUCGAUGAUCCACGGUUUGCAUCCGUACACACAGACCCGAGGUUUCAGAGAGUACCGAAGAGAGAGUCGAAAGUGACAAUUGACUCUCGGUUCAAUCGUAUGUUCACUGAUAAGAAUUUUGGUACAUCGUCUGCUCCGGUAGAUAAACGAGGCAGACCUAAGAGGCAAAAAACUGACAGUAGUCUUCGUCAUUACUACCGAAUCGAAGAAGAAGAUACGAAAGAUGCAAAGAAGAAGAGAAAAGAUGAGGUUUUGAGCAGCGAAGAAGAAGAAGAAGAAGGUUUGAAGAAGAGGAAAAGAAAAGAAGAGGUUUUGAGUAGUGAAGAGGAGGAUGAGGAGGAAGAGAGUGGGAGUGAUGAAUUAGAGGAUUUGGAGACGGAGAGUGAUGAUGAUGUGGGUGGAAGUGAAGAGGAGGAGACGAGUAGUAGUAGUAGUAGUAGUAGUGAUGAGGAGGAGGAGGAUAUGGAGAAUGUGGAGGUGGAAAAUGUACCAGUAAUUGAAGAAGGAACGCGGAGGCUUGCUGUUGUUAAUAUGGAUUGGAGGCAUGUCAGGGCGGUUGACUUAUUCGUUGUAUUACGCUCAUUUCUUCCAAAAGGAGGACAAAUUUUGUCUGUCAGUGUCUACCCAUCUGAAUUUGGACUUCAGCGUAUGAAAGAGGAAGAAGUCCGUGGCCCUGUUGGCUUAUUCGAUGAUGAAAAUGAGAAAAGCGAUGAAGAUGAUGAUGACAAUGAUGAGAUUGACUAUGACAAGCUGCGUGCUUAUGAGAAAAGUAGGCUAAGGUACUACUAUGCUGUGGUGGAAUGUGAUUCAGUUGCAACAGCAGAUUAUCUUUACAAAUCUUGUGAUGGAGUUGAGUUUGAAAGAUCUUCCAAUGUGCUUGAUCUCAGAUUUAUUCCUGACUCUAUGGAUUUUAAACACCCACCUCGUGAUGUUGCCACAGAGGCGCCUUUGGGCUAUGAGGGGCUGGAUUUCCAUACUAAAGCACUGCAGCACAGUAACAUUCCUGUUUCUUGGGAUGAAGAUGAACCACAGCGUGUGAAGACCUUGAAACAAAAAUUUAAUGCUGACCAGCUAGCUGAAUUGGAGUUGAAGGAGUUUCUAGCUUCUGAUGAGAGUGAAACUGACAAUGAUGAAGCUGAUAAUGACAUGGAAGAUGAAUCAGAUAAAAAGCAUAAGAAACGAGACAAGUACCGUGCUUUAAUCCAGUCUGGUGAUGGUUCAGAUGAAGACCAAGAGGAGGGUCAGGAUAUGGAGGUUACUUUCAAUACUGGCUUAGAGGAUUUAAGCAAGCGUAUCCUAGAAAAGAAGGAUAAAAAAUCAGAAACUGUUUGGGAGGCAUAUCUCAGGAAAAGGCGUGAGAAAAAGAAGGCUCGAAAAAAUCAAUCCAAGUAUUCUUCAGAAGAGGACAGUAGUGAUACUGAUGAAGAAGGAAUGGAAGGGAUAGAACAACCAGAUGACUUCUUUAUUGAAGAGCCAUCAGUCAAAAAAGUUAACAGCAAGGACUACCAAGGUAAGAAAAACAAAGAAGAAAAGCAACUUCAGGAUACAGAUAGGGAGGCAGAGGCAAGCAAAGCAGAGCUCGAGUUACUACUUGCUGAUGAUAAGGGGGGCAAAAAAGGUCUGAAGGGAUAUAAUUUAAAACCUAAAAAGGCAAAAGGGAAAAAGGGAAAAGAAGUUCCUGAUGAGGACAAAAUACCCACUUCUAAUUUGGAUGACCCUCGGUUUUCUGCUCUUUUCACUUCACCUCUCUUUGCAUUGGAUCCCACAGAUCCACAGUUCAAAAGGAGUGCAGUCUAUGCAAGGCAGCUGGCACUGAAACCACAGAAGAGUGGUGAGCAACAAUUGGUGGAAGGAGAGAAUGAGAAACAGGCUGAAAAAGCUCAGUUGCUAUCUGAUGAUCCUGCAAUGGACAGAAAUGAGUAUAUGAUAUCCGAUGGUUUGCCAGAAAGGAAAGAGAAGUACGAGUUAUCAACAUUGGUAAGAUCCAUCAAGAUGAAGUCCAAGCAAGUUCAGUCGUCCUCCAACACCAAGGAUAAACAAUUGCAGCCUAAAGGGUUGAAAGAAACGGAGAAGCCUGAGCUCUCAACCUUGGUUCAAUCAGCAAAGAAGGCCAAAGUUUUGAAAAAAUGAAUAGUAGAGAAUUUGAGAUUAUUUUUCUUUUCUGCUCGCAAUGUUGUGCAAGAGCAGAUGGGAAGUGAAGGCAAUUCAGUCUGCUCAUAUCGUUGCAACUCAUGGAAGGCUUUUGCCCCCCAUUUUUUUGGCUGGUAGAGUUUCCUUAUCAUGCCUGUGGAAGCGUGUUUAGGAUCGUAUUUCAUGUUUGGAGCUUGUAAGAUCUAUUCAGGAUAGAGGACUAACUAUCCGUAGAUUGCAUUUCAAAGAGAGUUGACAGAUUAUUCAUAGAGUGCAAGAAAGUUGAAUAAAAGAACGAAAAGAGGUUGUUUUCCUAA